GUUUAGUUAUUGUGGUUUAGUUGAGGAGUGAGUAGUUUGCGGAGAGGUUUCAAUUACAUGUAGAAUUUCCAGUUUUAUCUUUUUCAUUGCUCAUUGCGCGUCUGUCCGUUGACUUCUCCGCUCGCGCUCCCGUUUUAUUCAAUGUUGAACAUAACCUUAAUUUCUAUUUACAAAUAUUUAAACUUUACUAAAAGUGAUAAUUAGUUACUGUUACUGUAAAUAAAUUUACUUAGGAAAUAAGAUGACGAUUUUUUCAGCGCAGAUUUUUAUUCUAGUCCCUAUAUUAUUUUUAUGCCAGCCAUCAUUAUGUGAUAUUAGUAUAUCUACUCAUGACUUACGGAUAAAAUUACAUGAAACGCAUACGUUUACACUACAUUUCAAGACUCCUUUGGAAAAGAAUGAUACCAUAAAACUUAUAGUUCAACACAAAGACAUAUUAAAAUUAAAUAAUUCCAAUUUUAUUGAAAUAGAUCUCAACAACGUUAGUGAUAAUGAUGUAAUACCGAUAGAAAUAAAAGCAAUAGGUGCUGGACUUUCGGAUGUAUUCGCAAAUUCUACUACAAAUCGUACUGAUGUGAGUCAAUUAUUUUUACGAGCCACAGUUUUUAAAAAUGACUCGCUAGAUACAUUUUCAGCUGUAAUCGGUUGGAUAUAUUUUGUAGCAUGGUCAAUUUCAUUUUACCCACAAAUUUAUAUCAAUUGGAAACGAAGAAGUGUUGUUGGAUUAAACUUUGAUUUUAUUUUACUUAAUCUUGUUGGAUUUACCUUGUACUCCUUAUUCAACUUGGGAUUGUAUUUUAUAACAGAAAUUAAGGAUGAAUAUUUCCAAAGAUACCCCCGUGGUUUAAACCCGGUGCAAGUAAACGACAUUGUAUUUGCCGUCCAUGCCACAAUAGCCACACUUUUGACGAUUAUUCAGUGCUUUAUCUAUGAAAGAGAUGAACAACGUGUCUCGACCACCGCAAGAGUUAUUUUAGGAAUUUUCGGAGUUUUUAUUUUUAUCAGUGUAAUUUUAUCACUUACGAGCGUCAUCAAUUGGUUGGAUUUCCUCUAUUAUUGUUCAUAUGUCAAAUUAACAAUCACACUGAUUAAGUAUAUGCCUCAAGCGUAUAUGAAUUACAAAAGAAAAAGCACAAUUGGAUGGAGUAUAGGAAAUAUAUUUUUGGACUUUACAGGUGGACUCCUCAGUAUGUUCCAGAUGAUUGUAAAUUCUUAUAAUUAUGAUUUUAUCGAGUCUCUUGGUGGAGUUAUUCCGAAAGAACAAAAAAUGCCUUCUGGAGGAAUUAAGGUGGAGCCCGAAGAGGUUCACGAUGUGCCUGUUGAAGAAGCGGUAGAUUCAGAUCCCGAAAGUGUUCUAGAAUUUGACAUGAGCGGAUGUGUCGAGCCGGAUAAAUUAGACGAUAACCAAAAAAUGGGAGAUCCGUCCAAGGAGGUAACGGAGGAAUUGUCUGAUCAAGCUGAUGAAAAAAGGGUGGAAGCUAUGUCACAGCUAUCUGAAGGUAACAUCGAAAAAGCCAUAGAAUUAUUUACCGAAGCCAUAGAAAUAAAUCCAAAUAGUGCUUUAUUGUUUGCUAAAAGAGGCCAAGCAUAUUUAAAACUCACCAAGCCAAAUGCUUGUAUUAGAGAUUGUACCAAAGCACUAGAAUUAAAUUGCGAUUCGGCUCCAGCUUACAAAUUUAGAGGUAGAGCAUACAGGCUUCUUGGGGAAUGGGAACUAGCAGCAAAAGAUUUACGUCAAGCAUGCAACAUUGAUUUUGAUGAGCAAACAGAUGAAUGGUUAAAGGAAGUAACUCCUAAUGCUAAAAGAAUUGAGGAACACUUAUUGAAGAAAGAAAGGAAGCAAAAAGAUAAAGAGGAAAAGGAGAGAGUGGAUAGAAUAAGAAAGGUUAGAGAAGCACAUUCAAAGGCUGCUACAAAAGAAGAAGGCGACCAUCAGGCUACCCCUGAAGGAGAUGCUAAUAGUUUUUAUAAAUUAUUGCAAGAUCCUGAAAUAAUGACGGCAUUCCAGGAUCCAGAGGUAGCAGCUGCGUUCCAGGACAUCUCAAUGAACCCAGCUAAUUUCAUAAAAUAUCAGUCUAAUCCUAAAAUCAUGAAUCUCGUUACGAAACUCUCCAGUAAAUUUGCUGGGUCUGGUAUGAAUAUUCCUGGCUUUUCGGGAGCCGGUGCUGGUUUUCCGGGAUUUCCAGGUUUUGGGGGAGCAGGAAUGGGAGCCAAUACUCAAGCAGAUGCACCUAAACCUCCCCCAGCAGACGAAGAUAAUUUAGAUUAGUAUUUUUUCUGAUUUUUUUUUUUUUGAAAUAUGUAGCAAGGUUGUUGAAGAAAGGUAUCUUAAAAUGGAUUUUAGUAGCUUUUCAUCAGGUUUAUAUAUUUUUUAGCAAACACUACUAAAUUGUUUUCAUAGAGUUUUUUAUGUCUGAAUUAAGAAACAAACUUACUGACAAAUAGUUUUAAAAUCCAUUUUUUAAAUUAAUACCAGUUCUAAAUUGUUUCGAACAACUAUUAGCUACAUUUUAAAUCUAGCAGUUGCUUUAUUAAAUAAUUAGAUAAUUGACAACUUUAACUUUCAAGAUAACUAUUUAGAUAAUCACAUUUUCACGAACUGCCUGUGCAUUAAUAUUUUUGGUUAAUUGGUGAAUUUGUAUAUAUAAGGCUGAUGUUAAAUAAUUAUCUUAUUUGAUACAAUUAUCAAUGUGAAUUUUAUUUGAAUUUGUUAAUAAAAUUUUUGGUGAAUA